GCGUACCUGUUUUUCGGACGCGGAAGCGACGGCGUUCGCUGGGGUUUCCUCCUCCGUACCUCCGCUGAGCUUGGCAGUUUCGUCCUCUUUUCUUCAUGCAUGUGUGACAAAUAAAGCCGGAGUAAGUCAAGAACAGCGGCUUUCUUUCUUCCCCCCCCCCCCCCCCCCCCCCCCCGGAGUUGUGGAAGCGAGUGCCCCCCCACCACCCCUCAGCGGGGAGUACCGUCCGAUGGCAUCCGCCGCACAGACGCCUUCGGGCGGCCCGGCUCUGGGAGCAGGGCCCGGGGAGAGUGCGUCGAUCCCCGGAAGCGCGGAGCAGCUCAGCCCAUCUUCCCUCAACCGCAUCCUAAUGGAGUUCUUGAUUUACUUCGGACGGGCCGUGUUCGUCUUCUACCCGGUCUACCUAACGGGGUACCUGGGCCUCAGCAUCAGCUGGGUGCUGCUGUGCAUGCUGAUGAUCACAUGGUGGAACAAAAAUCGCCGGUGGAAAGACGCACGGAUCGGAUCCGCGAUUGACUUCGUCGACAACGAGACGCGCGUUAUUAACACAGAGCUGAAAGCCACCUUACAGAUGGCUUCAUGGGUACAAUUCCCUGAUGUUGAGAAAGUCCAGUGGGUUAACAAGGUAUUAGAGCAGGCCUGGCCUUUCUUUGGGAUGUACAUGGAGAAGCUCCUGAAAAUGAACAUCCAGCCCUCCAUCAGGCUUUCCAACUCAGCGCUCAAAAUGUUUACUUUCACCAAGGUCCACUUCGGCCACAGACCUCUCAAGAUCACUGGUAUCAAAUCUUACACCCAUGAAGUGGAUCAGAGGGAGGUGAUUCUGGACCUGAACAUAGACUACGACAGUGACGUGGACAUCGAUGUUAACAUAAACGCAGCAAUCAGAGCUGGUGUGAAAGGACUCAAACUGCAGGGCAUGCUGAGGGUCAUUUUGGAGCCUCUCAUCGGUCAAGCACCGCUGGUUGGAGGUGUCACUUUUUUUUUCAUUUGCCGCCCAACCUUACAAAUCAACUGGACUGGCAUGACCAAUCUUCUGGACACCCCUGCCUUUAGCUCACUGUCUGAGGAAACCAUCUUGGACAUCAUUGCCUCCCUCAUGGUGUUGCCUAACCGCAUGUGUAUUCCCCUGAUAGACCAGGUCAAAGUGGAUCAGAUGAGGUUCCCACUUCCACGUGGGGUAGUGAGGGUCCACGUGCUGGAGGCCAGAAACCUGCUGGCCAAGGACACAUACAUGAUGGGAUUGAAGAAAGGCAAAUCAGACCCAUACGUGUUACUCAGAGUUGGCAACAAGCAGUUCAAAAGCAAGACCAUCCAGAACACGUUGGCACCAAAAUGGAAUGAAGUGUAUGAGUUUGUCGUCCAUGAGGCUCCAGGGCAGGAAUUGGAGAUGGAUUUGUUUGAUGAAGACACAGAUAAAGAUGACUUCCUUGGAACAUAUAGCCUUGAUUUAGGAGAUGUGAAGAGGGAGAAAGAAAUGGAUCAGUGGUUUCCUCUGGAGGACGUUGAGCAUGGUGAAGUUCAUCUCAAACUCCAGUGGCUGUCCCUGAAGGCAGACUCCAGUUUACUGAAGGAGACCAACAACGGCCUUGCCUGCGCCAUGCUUGCCAUUUAUCUGGACAAUGCCUCCAACCUACCAAAAGACCACAGUGAGUUCUCCUCACAACAAAAACAUGGGAAACACACAAAGGAGGCAAGGCUCACAAAGAGAAAUGCUGGUCCAAACUCUUUGGUGGAAUUUUCCAUUGACAAGGACAUUCAGAAAAGCAAGGUUGUGUUUGCAACUAAAGACCCCGUGUGGGAGGAGGGCUUCACAUUCUUCGUGCAGAACGUCAAAACACAGCAGCUUUUUGUUCAGGUCAAAGAGCAUGAAAAGAAAACUCCGCUGGGUGUUCUCAACUUGCCACUAAGUCGCCUCCUCAACUCUUCGGACAUGAUUCUUGACCAGCGUUUCUUGUUGGAGCGCUCUGGGGCGAACAGCCAGAUCAAGCUGAAGGCCACUCUGCGGAUUCUUACUGUUGAUGAGCCACCACCCAAAAUCGUCCCCCCUUCUCCCUCUCAAGCUAAACAACAGACACCACAGAACAAGCAGGGAGAACACAUUUCCACGUCCAUUCCCUCCUCUGCUGCUGUUUCCUCCAACAACACGCCUGCUGCCUCAUCACCAGCCCAAAUGGCUGAUUCGCUGAAUGGCUCAAAUGAAAACUACUUAUCAAACCGCCGUGGCUCAUUCUUGGCUACAGACACCCUGAGUUCACCAUAUAAUACCCCUAUGCGCCGGUUUGACUCUCACAGCCUGCUGUCAGAGAACUCGAUUGCAUCAUCGCGUUUAGACCUCUCAGACGGAGAAUCCUACCCGGAGUAUAUUAGGAAUCAUAAAGGCUCAUUUGGAGAGAUCCACCUGACUGUCAAAUAUGCUUCUCUGAGGAACAAACUCAUCAUCCUGGUUGACGCUUGCAGGAACUUAUUCCCCUGCAGUGAGAAUGGAACAGACUCCUACGUACGCCUCUAUUUACUCCCAGACCAGACCUGGAGACACCGCAAGAAGACACACGUCAAGAAGAGGACGGUCAACCCCGUCUUUAACGACAAGUUUGAGUUUGACUUAUCACUUGAAGAAGCACGGACCAGGAAGUUGGAUGUGGCAGUUAAAAAUAAUAAAAUGUUUCAUACCAGAGAGAGAAAAGACAUUGGCAUGGUGCUGCUUGAUCUCUCACAGAUGGAUAUAGCCAAGGGUGUCACAGAGUGGUACGAGCUCACCCUACCUGGGUUGAAGAAUUCCCACUAGCAGGUGUAACCGUAAAACCUGUGAGCAGCUGCAAGCCAAAGAGAAGCUAUGAGAGCUGCAAGCCCAUCUGUCUUAAUUGCACAUCCGAUUCAUCUUUCUAUCAAGAAGCACGCUGUAGAAAAAUGUAUAUACAUAACUGGCACACGGUGAUAUCCAACACUACAGUCACCUCAGCAUUUAAGUUUAUGUAGUCUCUGCUGCAGAUGCUCUUCACAUGCAAAUGGAGCUGCUGGAUUAUAGGUCUAUUUAUUUUUGGAUAUUAAUAUUGACAGAUCAAGCUUAUUAACAUCUAAAACAAAGUUUAUUUUGAGUUUUAUUUUAUCAUUUUAAUAUUUUUUAGCAGCAAAUGAUAAAUUCUCAGAGACAAGGCAAAGUUUCAAUAUUUUGUAAUUGAUUUGUUAAAUUAAUGUGAGACAGUUAUCUUUCGUAUUUGUAUGUAAAUAGUUGAAUUGCUACUGUUUUAUGUAAUGGGUUGAGGGAAAUUAAAUUAAAACUUGUGUUUUUUGUAGCUAUCCAGUCUGUGUUUGUUGCACUGGAUUUCACUUUCUGCCAUUUGGCAUUUGGCACCUGAUAAGCAGGGAGCUUAUCAGGUGUGCUUAAAGGGGGGCAUUUAACAGUUAGGGUUGUGGGAAGCUUAAACCUGACUUUUACAAAAGUUUUCAAAAUAUAGAUGUUUUUUUCUUUCAUUCUGUCACAUAAAUUUCCAGGACGUUUUAUGUAACCUGAUGAACCUUUAUGUAUCUAAGUUGAAAAGCAAUAAAUAUUGAGUAUC